UGCAUUGUUGAAAGCAUUCCCGUCUUUCGAACAGCUUCCACUUCUCCCUCGAACAUCCGAAUUUUGCACCUUUCUCUUACGUACGCAAGUGGAAAACAACGAGAGCGCCACGCCGUAUAUAAUCACAUCACAUCAGAGUAGCAAAUUACAAUGCCUUUCGGACAGUUAGUACUCGGCAGUCCCGGUGCAGGAAAGAGCACAUACUGUGAUGGCAUGCAGCAGUUUAUGGGCGCCAUCGGGCGACAAUGCUCGGUAGUCAACCUCGACCCUGCGAACGACCACACCAACUACCCAUGCGCGCUCGACAUUCGCGACCUUGUCACUUUGGAGGAGAUUAUGGCAGACGACAAAUUGGGUCCCAAUGGCGGUAUUCUGUACGCACUUGAAGAGCUGGAAAAUAACAUGGAAUGGCUCGAGAACGGCCUCAAGGAGCUUGGAGAAGACUAUGUGCUUUUUGACUGCCCUGGUCAAGUCGAGCUCUACACCCACCACAACUCGUUACGCAACAUCUUUUACCGGUUACAGAAGCUGGGCUACAGGCUGGUAGUUGUCCACCUUUCCGACUGCUUCUGCCUCACACAACCAUCGCUCUACAUUUCCAACGUCCUCCUCUCUUUGCGCGCCAUGUUGCAAAUGGACCUUCCCCACAUCAACGUCCUGACCAAGAUUGACAAGAUCUCGUCCUACGAUCCUCUUCCAUUCAACCUCGACUAUUACACCGAAGUACAAGACCUACGGUACCUCAUGCCGUCCCUCGACGCGGAAUCGCCUGCCCUGAAGAAAGGCAAGUUCACCAAGCUUAACGAGGCCGUUGCGAACAUGGUUGAGCAGUUCGGCCUUGUCAGCUUCGAGGUGCUGGCAGUCGAGAACAAGAAGAGUAUGAUGCAUCUGUUGCGCGUGAUUGACCGUGCAAGUGGGUACGUCUUUGGCGGCGCUGAGGGAACGAACGACACCGUCUGGCAGGUUGCCAUGCGCAACGAGUCAUCAUUGCCCGAUGCUCUUGAUAUUCAAGAGAGGUGGAUCGAUAGCAAAGAAGAGUAUGACGAGAUGGAGCGGAAGGAGGAGGAAGAACAAGAAAAACUGCGGGCGGAGCAGGCACGGGCCGCUGAAGAAGCAGGUCUCGGUGACGGCUCGGUCCCUGGAGUGGCGCCACAGUUCACCAGUGGCUCGGGAAUCCGUGUGACGCGUAAGCAGAACACAUGACGAUCGAAUGGCAUGGUUGUUUCAUCCAUCAGAGACCUCGCCCUCGCCCAUUUCUGCGUCAUCGUGGUCAUCGGUGACCAAGGCGAGAUUGCGGGCUGAAUCUUUGCCGCCGCGGAAGAGAGCAUUGAGGGCAUCUGAUGAUGCCUUGCCGGCCAUCUCGUCCUUUGCUGCAAGGACAAGGAGCUUGGCACGGCGGAUGGCUUCUUCUUCGACUUUGCGGAUGGUGCCGCUGACGCGGACAACGCGGAAGAUACACGGUCGGCCGUCCUUGACUGGGAGGCGGUCCAUAAAGGUCAGGGCAGCCCACACAAGCCUGUAAUGGGCUCGUGAGAUACGUAGAAUGAAGGUUGAGGUCGCAGUAGAAAGGUACUUGACUGUUAUACCAAGUUAGCCUAGUGGCCGCUUUUACCAAAUGUAAGUUUUAGAGUUCAGUGGUGUGUUUACCUUGUAGGCUGCGCUCGACAGAGCCUGACCCGCAAUCACCAAAUAACGCAUUCACCUGACUGCGAAUGCCCUUCAAGAUGGUUUGGGGCCUGAGUUCUCCAAGGGUGGGCUGGUUAUAAAGUAGCAGAUCGGGUACAGUGCCCUUUUGUCCAGGAGGAAUGUCUGCGUAGACAAUGUUGACCAACAGAUAGCGAUCUUUAAGGCGGACCAUGGUUGUAGGAGUUUUCCCGAAGACGUCGUUUCUAAACAGAGAAGAAAAAAAACCACAAACAGUCUGCUGAGAACACCCGUACAGAUAGAUAUAAGAGAACUUGAUCCGG